AAGCCGAGCACCACUCAGCUGAAGUCCAGCAGCGCAGCCACGUCUCAAAUCCCACUAUCGAGCGCAGCACCACCACAGGUUCCUCCACGCAAGGCCCACUGCCUACCACUGCUCAGCCCACCUCAGACCACUGAAGCCGUAAACCAACCCACUUCAGCCGCACGCUUCCCUCGCUGCUCAGCCCCUUAAGUUGUGGGAAUCAGUUUCAAAACCUUUGCUGGUCUUCACGACCGCCACGUAUUCAACGAAAAGUCCAACCCAAGUUGAAAGAGUAGAAGUUGUAGACCACCCAAAAAACUCCAUUGAUGUUAUGAGGAAAUGGGGUUGUACCGAUGAUGAUGUAUCGAAGAUAAUUGUCCGCCGCCCUUCUUUACGCCGGGCCAACAUUACCCACCUUCAAUCCAAACUUAACAUGCUCAGUAGCUUGGGUAUUGAAGCUCAUGAUCUUGUGAAGAUGAUCAAUUGUCGCCCUAGGCUUCUAAGUUGUCGAAUAAAUCAUUGCUUUGAUGAGCGGCUUGAAUUUUUUAUGACAUUGUUUGAGUCAAGGGAAGUGCUUGCUAAAGCUAUUGUUAGGAACCCUUCACUCUUAACGUAUGAUUUCAAUAACAGGAUCAAGCCUGCUAUUGCGCUGUAUCAAGAGAUGGGUGUUAGUAGAAAGGACUUGAUUCCUAUGCUCCUUUCUCGGCCCACCAUGAUACCUCGAACUUCAUUUGAUGAAGAGAAAAUGGAAUAUAUUCGCAAAACUGGGAUUUCCAAGGAUUCAAAGAUGUAUAAAUAUGUUGUUACGAUCAUCGGCAUCUCACGCCAUGAAACAAUCAGUCAAAAGGUGGGAAAUUUUGAAAAGUUCGGGUUUUCAGAUGAUGAAAUCUUCAAUCUCUUUGGGAGAUCCCCCCUUAUGUUGACACUAUCAGUUGAUAAGGUACAGAGGAACAUGACUUUCAUUUUGGGCACGAUGAAGCUUUCUGCCAGUGUGGUCCUUAAGUAUCCAUUUCUAUUGUACUCUAGCUUGGAGACUGUGUUAAAGCCGCGCGUCCUUCUUGCAGGGAAGAUAGAUGACAUGGGUCUUGAUUCCCAGAUUAAGGGACCCACAAUGCUUAGGGCACUGAGGAUGACAGAGGAGAGGUUUUUAAAGGCGUUUGUCAAGUGUCACCCGAAAGAUGUUGCUGACGAAUUGUUGGAGUUCUACAAAUGCGCCAAAGGGAUCAAGCGAUUGGCAGAAGCCUCAAAGAAAAACAUUCGCGUGGGAUUCCCUUUUUGAAGUUUUGUUCACCAGCUGCACUGUUUUUAGCUGCUGGAAUCCAUUUUUGGACAGUCGUAAUCGAUUUAAACAAAUGCUUGUCGUACAUUUCAUACAAGCUGGGAAGCAGGUAAUUAACCACUAUGAAUCUCUGUUUGAAGAUAAUGGUGGAGGCAUUAUAACUCUCGCACCAAUUCUAUAUGAAACCGACUGAAAGCCACAUCCUAAUUUGAUUUACAGUGAGCAAUAUCAGGUGCUAACCAUCUGGUCACGGUUCUGGACAUUGAUUGGGACGACAUUCUCAUACGCUGGACCGCUUUAUACAGAUCAUAAGAUUGUUGAGAGGAAUUAACUACUUCAUUUGGAUGUGAAAUCUUGAUACGUGAUGGUUAGUACGAUAAUAAUGCCUGAUCUACACACCCUGGCCCAGCUUUGGGGACUUGUCAUCUCUUACUGUGCUAUCUUGUUAUCCCAUUCAGUUAUUAUUUUCUAGUGGUCUCAUGGCCUGGUGAGUCCUAUUUUUCCAGGAAGCUCCUAUCAAACUAUCUUCUACUUCCCUUUGAAAUAAGGAUAGUGUUGAGCUUGCAUCCUUGAACAAUAAAUUCUAGGGGAUGAGCGAUGACUUUUCUAAGUUUCUUUUAUCUGUUUCUUUCCAAGUUUAUAUCAUAAUAAAAAAAAAAAUGAGAUUGAUUAU